UGGACCCCAGGACACACCCCGCUCUCACUACAACUACCAGAAUUCAAUGCGUACAUUAACAAGAGGCUCAAGACUGUUUGUGUUGCACGACAGAAUAAAGUGAUUCGGAUUUAUUCUUUGUAAUUCUGGCGUGUAGAAGCCCAACAAGAAAAAUGGAAGCAAAUGGUUUUGGAAGAUUGAUUGCCAGCAGUCUUUGCACCUGAUGGUGAUACCAUCAUGCUCAUAUCUGUUCACUUCACCUUCCUGUAGAUUGUUGCCAUGGAGCACUGUGACGGAAAUGAGCCAGCAAGUGAUACAAAGCAUUUGUCUGCUGGCUGUGAGCAGACGGCCAUGGGUGACCAGGAUUCACAGACUGAGGUGAAGCCUCCAUCUGACAUUUCUGACGCUGUACCCCUUGAGCAUCAGCCAUCAGGGAAACUGAGGAGGACUGCCUUAAGAUUCUUUGGAGGACGCAAAAGCAUCUGUGUUUUACCAAACUUCUUUGGGGGAAGGAACAAAAAUCUAAACAAGUGGUCCUCUAAGAAGGGAGUCAGCAAGAGUAAAACUCAUGAUGGACUUAGCAAAGCAGACUGGGAGGACAGUCUGGGAAUUGGAUAUGUCCCAGCAGGAUAUUUUGAGUACCACAACCAGAAAGAUACUACUGGAAAGGCUUGUAGGGAAUUUGGUCACCCUACUGGUGAUCAGAAGUCAUUCUCUCUUCCCCGGCAGAAAAAGGGUUUGCGAGAACUUUUUAACAGCAUCAGGCGUUGUAGAAAGAAUAGAAAUUGUGAUUUUGAAAAAAAUGAAAUGGUUGAGAAUUCUCAUGUCUGCAACAAAGAGGUGCCUAUUGCCCAGACUAUCAUUGACCAAAAUGACAUGGAGUGCCUGGGCAGUUUGUCUGAAUCCAAUGUGCCUGUUUUGGCAAACGUUGACGAUUGUUUGACAAUUGCUCCUGAAUGUAUUAAUGUUGAUGUCAUAGUGUCUGAGAAAGACCUGGUGAAACAAGGGAGUCUGGAUUCUCUGAUAGGGGAACUGAAGAAAGGUGAGGAUAUGGUAGAGACACUCCAUAUAAACACAGAACCAGAUUCUUUCCCGAAGACUAACAUAGAGUCUAUUGUGAACGUCCAGCUGCCUACUGGCUCAUCUCAGAUGAGCUUGAUGUUUGGUGAUGUGGCCUCUCUAAAGAGUUUUGACUCGCUCACUGGCUGUGGUGACAUAAUAGCUGAUCAAGACGACGACAGUAUUGCAGAUUCUCAGGGCUCAGUCUCAGCGGAAAGGAGUCGAAAUGCAGGCAAACGGAGUUCCUGUUAUGUUACGUACCAGGGUGGAGGAGAAGAAAUGGCCACCCCUGUUAAGGUGGACGGGGAUUAUCUCCACAACCUCUGGGAAAAUGAGGUUGCAGAGGACGCUUGCUAUACCCACAGCCACGAAGAAGACUUUCUAGAGCACAGUGAAAGUCCUAGGAUGACACCUGAAGAGCCAUCUAGCUCCUAUACCAUGGACAUCAGCAUCAACAGCAAUGGUGCUCUUGGAGUUACAGAGACCACCCUUACAUCUUCGGAUGUGAUGACCCCACAGAGUGAAAAUCAAGUGUCAGUUCCUAACAGCGAUGAGGGUUACUAUGACUCUACCACCCCAGGACAAGAUGAAGACGGACGUGACAAAGUUGACAGGAUCAGGACCGAUAGACUACCAAGGGACAGUUAUAGUGGCGAUGCACUGUAUGAGCUUUUUGAGCCUGAUGACAGUCUUAUCAGUCCACCUUUUGAAAAAGCUAAGCUGCCCGUCUCUGAUCCACUUGAGUUUUUAGACAUGUCAGCUCAGUGUGGUGGUGAAGAUGUAAAUGCUGUGUUCGCUCCUGAAACGGGUCUAAUUGAAGAGGACAGGCUAACUGGGAAUAGGGAGAAAAUGCUUGGCAACCCUAAAUUGUCAGAUGCCGUUUUUGGCACCUUUACCUCAACAUGUCAAUCACAAGAAAUUGACUAUGAGCAAAACAAGCCACAGUCCCCACGGUUAAGAGGAAAUCAUGAUCUAUCUAAAACAAAGAAUGACUUGGAGGAUGACCAGACAGUUUGCUUCUCCCAAGCUCUAGUGGACUUCACAAAACAAUCACAUGUUUAUAGUAAUUCAACUGAAAGCAUGGGAGGCUCUGAGUCAAACUUUGCCCAAAACAUGCAAGCCCUCCCAGCCAUUGUCACAUUUGAUGUCGUGGACAUGGAUAACGAGGGGGAAUGUGACCAGCAGAUGGAUAUGGUAAUGGAGGAGGAAUACAUCACGUCGCCUUAUGAAGUGUUUGAAGAAAGCUACCUGCAAAAGGAUGCGUUUGCUGAAUGUGACUUACGUAUGUUUGACCUCCUUGAACAGAGUCUCAAUAAUACUUGGGGAAUUGCCAGCCUGCCACGUCACCUUAGCCUUACACAAGUCAAUCGGUCGAGUCCACUGGCUCCUCUGCUGAGUCCUUUGGCCUUAAAUAGGAGGAGUAGAUCCCUGGACACGGAGAGCUUGGAGUUAGAGAUGACUGACAUGUAUUUAGGGAGUGGGGCAGCACUAGCGUCUUGCCCUAGAACUGAAAGGGACUCGAAGAGAGUGUCCUCGCUUCACCGCAAAAAUAAUGGAUACAUUUCCACUUCAGAAAACCGGGAUAAUAGACAGAUCAUGUUUCCGUCAUGGCAGCCAGAGACUGAGGGGACUGUAACGCACCCACAAGCAGAUGGGAAAAGAACAGAGCAGACGUACAGUCUCUAUCAAACUCAAAACAGACGAAUGGUAUCAUUCAGUCAGCCUGUCAGUCGAGUCCCAAACUGUAAAUCUCAACAGAUCUCAGCUAGCAAAAUGACUGACAGAGUAUCCUGUAAUUAUGUCUCUCAGAUUACAGGACCGUUACAUAGGCCAUCUCAUCUUCCUUUGCAAUCAGAAUCCUGUCGGCCCCAUGCCCCCUAUGGGAGAUCAGUUAAGGCAUCAGAUGGUGGUGGUGAGGCGCUUUUUUACACAUCGACCGUUAGCUCUCAUCCUUAAAAUCAACAUAAUAACAUGCCUCAACCUUGGUUGUGAGUCUGGCAGUUCUGUAAGCAGGGCUCUAAACUGUAAGCAGGGCUCUAAACUAACUUUAAAAAUGUAGGAACACCAGAAAUGUGAUUUUUAAAAUUGGUUAAGAUACAGUAUAGCCUAGCUACUUCUAAAGCACACGUUGUGCCCUAGAAACGAAUAUGAAACCCUGUAAACACUUUUUUUUAUUAUUAAAAGCAAAAAUGUU